ACCUCAAGAUGGUGGCUUCCCGGGCGAUAGGCUGUCUCAGUCGCUUUUGUGCCUGGGAGGAGGACUUGAGCUUGCCAUUUCCUGCCAAUAUAGAAUAGCAACCAAAGAUAGAAAAACAGUAUUAGGUACCCCUGAAGUCUUGCUGGGCAUCUUACCAGGAGCAGGAGGCACACAAAGGCUGCCCAGAAUGGUGGGUGUACCUGCUGCUUUUGACAUGAUGCUGACUGGUAGAAACAUUCGUGCAGACAAAGCGAAGAAAAUGGGACUGGUUGACCAAUUGGUGGAACCCCUGGGACCAGGAUUAAAACCUCCAGAGGAGCGGACGAUUGAAUACUUAGAAGAAGUUGCAGUCACUUUUGCCAAAGGACUAUCUGAUAAGAAAAUCUCUAUAAAGAGAGACAAGGGAUUAGUAGAAAAAUUGAUAUCAUAUGCCAUGAGUAUUCCAUUUGUCAGGCAACAGAUUUACAAAAAGGUGGAAGAAAAAGUACGAAAACAGACCAAAGGCCUUUAUCCUGCACCUCUGAAAAUAAUUGAUGUGGUAAAGACUGGAAUUGAGCAAGGGAACGAUGCUGGUUAUCUCUCUGAAUCUAAGAAAUUUGGAGAGCUUGCAAUGACCAAAGAAUCAAAGGCCUUGAUAGGACUUUAUCAUGGGCAGGUCCUGUGUAAGAAGAAUAAAUUUGGAGCUCCGCAGAAGGAAGUGAAGCACCUAGCCAUUCUUGGAGCAGGGCUGAUGGGAGCUGGCAUUGCCCAGGUGUCUGUGGAUAAGGGCCUGAAGACCAUACUUAAAGAUGCUACACUAGCCGGGCUGGGCCGAGGACAGCAACAGGUGUUCAAAGGAUUGAAUGAUAAAGUGAAGAAGAAAGCUCUAACAUCAUUUGAAAGGGACUCCAUUUUCAGCAACUUGACUGGGCAGCUCGAUUACGAGGGUUUUGAAAAGGCUGACAUGGUGAUUGAAGCUGUUUUUGAGGACCUUAGUCUUAAGCACAGAGUGCUAAAGGAAGUAGAAGCGCUGAUUCCGGAUCACUGUGUCUUUGCCAGUAACACAUCUGCUCUCCCAAUCAGUGAAAUUGCUGCUGUCAGCAAAAGACCCGAGAAGGUGAUUGGCAUGCACUACUUCUCUCCUGUGGACAAGAUGCAGCUGCUGGAGAUCAUCACAACCGAGAAAACGUCUAAGGACACAACCGCUUCGGCGGUAGCCGUCGGGCUCAAGCAGGGGAAGGUCAUCAUUGUGGUUAAGGAUGGACCUGGCUUCUACACCACCAGGUGUCUCGCACCCAUGAUGUCUGAAGUCCUCAGGAUCCUCCAGGAAGGAGUUGAGCCUAAGAAGCUGGAUUCCCUUACCACAAACUUUGGCUUUCCUGUGGGUGCUGCCACACUGGUGGAUGAAGUGGGUGUGGAUGUAGCAAAACACGUAGCGGAAGAUCUGGGCAAAGCCUUUGGGGAGCGGUUUGGAGGUGGAAGCCUAGAACUGCUGAAGCAGAUGGUGUCCAGGGGCUUCCUGGGUCGCAAGUCUGGGAAGGGCUUUUAUAUCUACCAGGAGGGUGUGAAGAAUAAGAAUGUGAAUUCUGACAUGGACGGUAUUUUGGCAAGUCUGAAGGUGCCCCCAAAGUCUGACGUCUCCUCUGACGAGGACAUCCAGUACCGCCUGCUGACCAGAUUCGUGAAUGAGGCCGUCCUGUGCCUGCAGGAAGGGAUCUUGGCCACACCAGCGGAGGGAGACAUCGGAGCCGUCUUCGGGCUCGGCUUUCCCCCAUGUCUUGGAGGGCCCUUCCGCUUCGUGGAUCUGCACGGUGCUCAAAAGGUAGUGGACCGGCUCAGGAAGUAUGAGGCCGCCUACGGAAAACAGUUCACCCCGUGCCAGCUGCUCAUCGACCACGCUAACAGCCCGAACAGGAAGUUCUGCCAGUGAGCAGGCCCCCGCCCAGCCAGCGGCGCUGGUUCUCUGGCAGAGUGGCACCUAGACGUGUCAGAGGAACCAGAAGGCAAACAAACUCUGGCACUGGGUGUGCACCCUGACUAAAGUGCCUUCAGUUAGGACAGUCUCUCCCUCCUGGUGGAGUCUGGCUGUGAAUGAGUUUGCAGUUCAU